AUGGGAAGCCUUAGAACAAUCCGAUUUGGUUUGAAAAGAUAUUUAAAGACGGUGACAGGCUUUGAUAUUAUUAAUGAUGAAGGAUUCAACGAAGCGAACGAAGUUUACUCGGCCAAAUGUGUUCAACUGAAGAAAGAAGGACUAGCAAAAGUGCAACACAAGCCUCCGAUGGCCAAUGCAGACUUGAAAAAACUUUACGAAAGUGCUGUGUUCAACACCAAUAACCCGAAAACCCUUUUGAACAAAGUGUUUUUCGAAAUCAUGCUGUGCUUUUGCUGUCGUGGACGUCAAAACCUACGCCAGUUAAAGAAGUCGCACUUUGCUGUUUUGGUCGAUGCAUCGGGAAAAAAGCUUGUGACGAAAGUUGUUGACGAGCUAACCAAAAACCACAGAGAAAACGACGAAGCCGAACAAGGAGGGAUGAUGUAUGCAACCGAAGGCCCAUUUUGUCCUGUUGCAUCUUUUGAGAAAUAUCUACAGCAUUUAAACCCACAGAAUGAAUUCUUGUUUCAACGUCCAAAGAAGAAUACAACGGCAGAUUCUGAUGUUUGGUAUGCCAACAUGGUCGUCGGCGAAAGAUACCUAGGCGACAUGAUGAAAAACAGAUCCAAACAGGCAGGUUUAUCACAGCAGAACACAAACCAUUCGAUACGGGCGACAGCGGUCACAAUCUUAGAUAAAUCAGGUUUUGAGGCUCGCCACAUCAUAUCUGUUAGUGGCCACCGUUCCGAGAGUUCCAUCCGAAGUUAUAGCAAGACGGACGAAGCUACAAAGAAGCGAAUCUCAGAAACCCUGACAUCUGCAACUACAGGUACCAGCGGCAGCGACUUUCCAGCUAUGAUAUAUGACCCGCAACAGAUAACGGAACCAGCAUUGGUAGCAACAAGUUAA